AUGGCUAUCCCGGACUCAACUUGGCAACUAUAUAUGCAAGCUGCACUAGAGGGAUCGGGAAAUCAGAUAGAGAACUUUCUAAAGGCUGGGUUUUAUGUUGAUUCACCAACCGUGGAGGGGAUAACAGCUCUCAUGAUUGCGUCUAGUAACGGUCACGUGAAUGUUAUAACCAUGUUGAUAACCAAUGGUGCUGAUGUGGAUUCAAUAACCGAUAUUGGCGAAACUGCCCUGAUCUUUGCUGUAAGGGCCGAUCAGGUCGAAGCUGUGCGGGUACUGCUUGAAGCUGGAGCUGAUGUCAACGCGGCGAAAAAUACCGGGAUUACGGCUCUCAUGAUAGCGGCAUUGAAAAGCCAUUACAAGAUCUUAGAUAUUUUAAUACAACACGGUGCGUUGGUGAACUUAUCUGAUGAAAACAACAGCACCGCUCUACUUCAUUUAGCCUUCUCCGGAAAUGUUGAUUGUUUAAAGUUGUUAAUUCAAGCUCAAGCAGAUGUCAAUCACACCAAUACACAAGGUUUGACGGCUUUAAAUAUUGGUUUAUAUGGCGGACAUUUGGAUUUUAUUCAGAUUUUAAUUAAAAACGGAGCCUCUGUACACAGCGAUGAUUCUUUAAAUUCAAAAUUCGUGUUGAUUGCAGCAAGCAAUGGGUAUGCUGAAAUUCUAGAACUUCUUCUACAAAACGGAGCUAAUGUGGAUUCUAGCACUGAAGGUGGUUUUUCAGCUUUAAUGAUGGCAUCACGUCUAGGCUAUGAUAACGUAGUAGAAGUUCUUCUAAAGAACCGCGCUAAUAUAAAUUUGCAGGAUUCCGAUGGCUAUUCCGUAUUGUUUUUCGCCAUAGAGCAAGGUCACUUGGGUACAACUCGCCUUCUGAUAGAGCGAGGCGCCAGUGUGUUUCACUUAACCACCAACAACGACACGACGUUAAUGUCAGCAUGUCGGGCUGGUAAACUUGACAUCGUGAAACUUCUGCUGGACAAAAAUGUCAACGUUAAUUUGAGAAACAAGCAAGAGAUGACGGCAUUGCUUGUAGCUGCUUACGGUGGACACACAGAUGUAAUGGAAGCUCUUUUGAAACAUGGCGCCAACCCUAACUACAGCACUAGUUUCCUUACAACUGCGUCCAGAAUAGCCAUAGGUAAAGGAGAUACUAAAAUGCUGAAAGUAUUAAUUGAUGGUGGACUUAACAUGAACGCGGUUGAUAGCUUAGGGUGCAAUAUUUUACAAAGCUGCUUAUCACAGUCUUUGCACGAAACAACAUACUUUGAAUUGGUUUUUCUACUUUUUAGCGAUGAAGAAGAAUGUGUUGAAAUUAAAAGACUUCUAGACGAAUUUCUUAAUUUAACGAACGAUAAGUCGAACUUCAAAUCUUCAGAGCAUACCGACAAGGUCUACAUCUUAGUCACUACAAUUGCUAUUAAGAUCAAGAAACUAACACAAAAAUACCAUAACGAUACAAAAAUUAAUAUCAUUGGACACUGGAUUAGCAAAUCAGAUCUAAAAACUGAAGGGUUGACAAAACUACUGCUUGACCCUACUGAAAAAAUGGAAGAACUAGUACCAAACAAUAAUCAACCAGAUUUGCAUCAAACCAGACCUGGAAUGGGUGGAGAAAAUAACAAGGAAAUAUCUGGCCACGCGCGCCUACAUUUAGAAAUGGGUUUUCUAAAACCCUUUAAAGAUGUUCUUGAUACUGGGUACGUAAAACUAAAGCAGAUUAAACCUAAUUUAAAAUAG